AUGGAUAAAUUGGAUAAACACAAGAAUUGUGGAAAGUGUAUUGAAUAGUUUGAAAUAAAUAAGUAAAAGCAGGAUGGAACAUAUAAAGAACUUAAGACAAAAAUUCUUGGGGUAUUUAUAAUUAUUCACUUAAGUCAAGACCUAUGGCAAAAUUUAUAAUGUAUGACGGCGAAGGUAAUUAUCAAAAGAAAUUGAAUCAAGGUACCUAUUUUAAAUAAAGUGAGAGCACUAAAAUCAUAAAGUUUAGAUUGAUAUGACCUGGAAGAAUGCAGAUUUAGAAAUGGGUAAAGAUAAAGAAAGUGAUUAAUAAUUAAUUAAAGAGUCUUAAAGUUUAGUUUUACCAAGAAUAUAUCAUCAUAAGGUAGAUCUUUAUAAUAAUCCUAGUAAGUUACUGAUUUCAAACCUAUUCAACCAAUUCCAACUUAAGGUAUAGUGAUUUUUAAUUUAGCUCACAUUAAUAGAUAUGGAAAAUAUAGCCAGAGAUAUCUCUUAAGAUCAGAUCCAAUGAAUUUAAGCGAUAAUAAAUUAGAUGAUUACUUGCCCUCCUCAUAGAAAUAUGGACGGUUUUAUUUAAGUGAAGAACCUAAAGCAAAAACCAUUGUUUCUGAGGCUCAACCUUAUGAGGGAUAUCAUCCAAUCAGCCCGUAAUAUAAUGUCUUUCCAGUUGAAAAGCCAAUUUUAAAAUAUCAUAGCAUGAAAUCAUAAUUGUUCAAAUAUAAAUGA